AAAACUGGUUGACUCCGCUGGUCGACUCCCGCCAUUGGGGAGUUGGAAAAGCGGAGGCGGAGGCCGUGUCGGCUUGACUCCGUCGCGCAAGCGGGUCUACGGUUAGUGGUAUCCUGGAAUACUGGUUGACUCCGAUGAUUGACUCCGGCCAUUGGGAGUUGCAAAAGCGGAGGCGGAGGAUAUGUCGGCUUGACUCGGUUGCGCGAGCGGGUGUUCGCGCUCUCCUCUCUUCUCUUCUCCAUUUUCUUCGCUUGAACAAACCCCAAUUACUCUCUCUCUCUCUCGAUUCUCCGUGGAUUUCGAGUUCUAUCGGGAGAUCGUAGGAGGCGGGGAAACGUCGAAAGAUGUCGUUUGCCUUUUUGGGCGGAGAGAUGGAUUUGUGUCGAAGCGUCUCCUUGCGGGCGGUUCUGUUUAUGUUGUUGGUGGGACUGGCCACUGCUUCUACCUUCAUCUCAGAUGCUGUGUUCCAAUAUCAUGGAUCUACGGGCCGGAGUUUGCUGCAGACGAAAUCGAACUGCCCUGUGAACUUCGAGUUCCAGAAUUACACAGUCGUCACGAGCAAGUGCAAGGGGCCCCAUUAUGCUGUUAACCUCUGCUGUGCUGCUUUCAAGGAAUUUGCAUGCCCAUUUGCUGAGCAAUUGAAUGAUGUCAGCAACAAUUGUGCAUCAGAUCUGUUCUCUUAUCUUAAUGUCCAUGGCAAGUACCCGCCAGGUCUGUUUGCCAGUGAAUGCCACGACACCAAGGAAGGGCUUACAUGUCCUCCUAGCCCUUCAAAGACACCGGAUGACAUUGCAAAUGCUGGUGACAUAAAUCGAAUCCUCACCUUUCUAAUUGUCUUCAUGUCUGGAGUGGUUCUGGCACUCCUAUUCUCUUGAAGUUGGAAGACUUUAUGUUUCUGGGAGCUGCAUUGCUGCAGUCUGUUAUUCGAAUGGAUGAUCUGUGUUAGGAGUUAAGGCGAAUUACUUCGGUGAUGAUGUCAAGAACAUUUGGUUGUGGGGAGUAUGCGCUAUUUUUCUUUACACAAACUUAUGUAGGUCUGCUAUAGUGUAGUUCUAAGUUUUUUUUUUUUUUUUUGUACUAUGAGAAGCAAUUAAUCUGCUCCUCAUUCUUAGCAUUUCAGACACCUUAAAAUUGCAAUCUGGCUGGUAAAUGGUGGUCCCAUUUGGAGAAAAGAAAGCUUUGAAUUUGAGUCUUGCAUGGGUUGAGUUUUGUAAGUUUACAGAGACCCACACGGGUGAUCACAAAGUCAUAAUCAUCUCUGUAUUCUGGAAGACUUGCAGACUUUGUAUGAUACGUGAUGCAAUAUGGGCACUGCUUUAAUGGUAAUAAAGCGUAGACUGACUUCUUUGUUUGUUU